AUGCCUGCACUAAAACUUCUGCAGUAUCCAGCACUCCUGCAGCAUCCGGCUCACUCCUGCAGCAUCCGGCUCACUCCUGCACCUUCCAGCUCACUCCUGCACCUUCCAGCGCUCCUGCAGCUUCCAGCUCACUCCUGCACCUCCACCGAUAUGACGACGGUUGUUCCAAUGAUAAAUAUGAUCGCUGCGAUGUGUAACAACAGAGGAAUCGGUUACAAAAAUAAACUUCCGUGGAACUUGAAGAAAGAAAUGGCAUAUUUUGAUGAGAUCAGCAGUAAAACAGAGAAUUCAGAGAAAAUGAAUUCUGUAAUUAUGGGAAGAAAGACUUAUGAAAGUAUUCCAAAGAAAUAUUUUCCACUUAGAAAUCGGUUCAAUAUUAUUUUGAGUAGAAAUCUAAGCUGUGCACCUCCAGGAUGUUUUUUGGCCCGAAAUCUAGACCAAGCAAUUGACAUGAUCCGAAAUGGUCCUCUGAAGGACAAAGCAGAACAAAUAUUUAUAAUUGGUGGCACUUUAGUUUACAAGGAAUUAUUAGAAUCGAAAUAUCCAUGUCGAAUAUACCUGACAAAGAUAAAGGCUGACUUCAACUGUGAUACUUUUUUUCCUGAAUUCAGUGAAGAAAUAUUCCCUGAAGUUUUUGGGUUGCCCAAUGUGCCAAGAGAGGAACAGGAUGAAAACGGGAUCAAAUGGACUUAUCAUACUUAUGAAAAAAAAGACCUUUCCAAGUACAUUUCAACGGGUCAUCUAUCUAAGUUGGUUCAUAUCUAUCUAUCUAUCUAUCUAUCUAUCUAUCUAUCUAUCUAUCUAAGUUUGUUCAUAUCUAUCUAUCUAUCUAUCUAUCUAUCUAUCUAUCUAUCUAUCUAUCUAUUUUGUUCACAUCUAUCUAUCUAUCUAUCUGUCUAUCUAUAUCUAUCUAAGUUUGUUCAUAUCAUCUAUCUAUCUAUCUAUCUAUCUAAGUUUGUCUAUCUUCUAUCUAUCUAUCUAUCUAUCUAUCUAAGUUUGUUCAUAUCUAUCUAUCUAUCUAUCUAUCUAUCUAUCUAUUUGUUCAUAUCUAUCUAUCUAUCUAUCUCUAUCUAUCUAUUUGUUCAUAUCUAUCUAUCUAUCUAUCUAUCUAUCUAUUUUGUUCAUAUCUAUCUAUCUAUCUAUCUAUCUAUCUAUCUAUCUAAGUUUGUUCAUAUCUAUCUAUCUAUCUAUCUAUCUAUCUAUCUAUCUAUCUAUCUAUCUAUGUUCAUCUCUAUCUAUCUAUCUAAGUUUGUUCAUAUCUAUCUAUCUAAGUUUGUUCAUAUCUAUCUAUCUAAGUUUGUUCAUAUCUAUCUAAGUUUGUUCAUAUCUAUCUAUCUAUCUAUCUAUCUAUCUAUCUAUCUAUCUAUCUAUCUAUCUAUUCUAGAUUCCCCAAAUAGGAGACCAGUUAUCUUACUGUAA